AUGCCGGGCCCGCGCUGGAAGGUGGUUGGCGGCGGGGACAAAGGUGGAAUUCUGGCACCUUUGCCUGUGCGCGAGAAGAGGGAGACCACUUCUGAGCAGCUGGAAGCCAGACUGGGCACCGAUGCUGUAGUUGAGGAGCUGCAGCUCUCGGGUGAUCGGCUUCACUUUAAGAAGAUCGAGGGUGAUGGCCCAGACACGGGCUGGGUCAGCAUUAGGCUGAAGGGAAAGGAGCUGCUUGUGGCCUUGGAUGCGGACCGAGGGCCACAACCCCUCGCCACCUGGAAGGAGCUGGCAGGCCAAGCUCUUGGGCCCUGGCCCGCGCACGAGGACAAGGUCACCACGGUCCGCUUUGUUGUGGGCCCAAGCCCCACCCUUGUGAGCGCUUGCUGGUCCACGUCCUCGGUGCGGAGGUGGGAGCUGUCUGCGCGGCCUCGGCAGCUGUGGGAGAUGAUGACGCCGGGACUCGUGAGUGACGUGCUGUUCACAUCCGCGAGCUGCUUCCUGACGGCCGUCUCCGCCAAUCCGAUGCCAUCGGGCAGCGUGUGCCACCAAGCCGACUUCAAGCAACGCAUGGCCGAGUUGGAUGACCAGCUCGGUGAAGGUGACCAGCUGAUUGCAUGGUCAACCAACCCGCAGCCAACGCCGCUGCGGAGGAUGGCGUUCCACAAGCGCGGAUGUCAUCGGCUACAGGCAUGGACGACAAGAUGCGCUAUUCAACCGUUUGCUUCGAGUCAUCCCACAAAUCUGCUGUCCUGGUCUCUUGUCAUUUAG